AUGGCGGCCGCCUGCGAUCUCAAUGCGGCCAAAAAGAAUUUACAAGAAUCUUUAGGCGACAAUAUGAAAGUAUAUCUACAAAACCUCAAGUCAUGGUUCAAGCAGAAAAUUUCCAAGGAAGAUUUUGAUUUGGAAGCUCGUCGUCUUUUGUCAGAUGAUGCAGUCAAUCUUCAUAAUGAGUUUCUCUUGGCCAUCAUGGCUCGCUGCCAAACUCUGAGUUCAUCAUUAGUUCCCAAAGAUGGCAGUUUACUUGGUAAAACCUCCAGUGAUCCUUCCAAACAGUCCAAACCACUCAGACAAAAGUUUCGGAAACGACCUCCUAGUUCUCGUAGCACAUUCCAGCAAAGAUUUGUGCCCGCUAACCCAGUAGCUCAUGCUCCAGAGGUCAACUUCAAAGGAGCAGAAGACAUUGUGUUUGCUGCACGAGAGCUAUCCCUACCAGAUAUCACAAUGGUACAUGGACGUAUGUUAGUGUGUGCUUGGGAAUCUGGUCUUGACGAUGUUUCUGACAUGGCAGUCAGACUGGUGAUGCAGUCCAUUGAGAACACACUGAAAAAUUUGAUUUCAAUAGUUCUGUCUCAAAGGAGUGGGUACAAGCUCAGAGAGAAAAAGUUUCGAUUUGCUGUUGGCACACAAGUAAAAAAUCCAUACUUGAGACAUGCAAAUUUGAUUGAAGAUGAAAAUACAGAAAGUGAGGCAACAAUGAUAUCACAGACAGGUAACCAUAUUCCCAGUCGGAAGUCGCCACUAGAAAUUGGAGAGGGGGCAGCUGCAGAACAGCUGGCCACAGCCAAUCAGCCAGUGUUCAAAGGGCCUGUGUCACUUUUUGAUCUUGUCCAGUCUUUACAGCUUUACAAAAGUGCUAUUCCCUCUCACACUGUCUACUCUGUGGCUAUGGAGAAGGUUAUCCAUCGUCUGUGGCAUCCGUGCCACGAGGAGAUCAAUCAGGAUAUUAUACACACGCAGGAGAUGGCGAUAAAGCGACAGAUGUCCACGCCCACAUCUAGUAGCCAGACAACCAGUGGCCAUCACACAUCAAAACACCACCAUAGCAAACAUCAUCACCACCACCAUCAUCAUCAUCACCAUCACCAUAGAUCUGAACACCACUCAGGGCACCACAAGGAGUCUUCUGGGCAUCAUCAUUCAGAACAAGUCAAAUCAGAAAAUGUCAAAUCAGAACUGUUGAAAUCAGAACAUUACAAAUCGGAAAACCAACCUGUAUCACAGAAUAGUGGAGAGCACAAAUCCUCUGGACAGUACCAGAAAAUGGAGAAUCCUUCCACGGUGCAAAUCAAAUCUGAACAUAUGUCACCUGUACAUGUCAAUUCUGAGCAUUCAGGACAGCUUAGGGCAGACCAGUUAGCUGAAGCCAAUCUUAAGACAGAGCCUCCAACCAUACCAGGACAGCUUCUGGCUCAGCAGCUAACCAGUGGUUUUACGGGUUUAAAAUCAGAACAAUCUAGCCACUACUCUGUGAUGAGUAGAACAGACACUCCAGGUGGUCCGCACAAGACCGGUCAUUCCAUACAACAUUUAGGAAAUCACCAAGUGGCUAACAAUCAACUCACAGCAUCUGAUGAUCCAUUGGACCUUGUGGAUGACAAUUUUCUUGACCAGCAACUGUCUGGUCACUUCUCCAGUGGACCUAAUUUGACAAGGCAGACAUCACUUGAUCAAAGUCUGGCUGACUUUUUUUCUGUUAAGUUUCCAGAUAAUACUUGAUGUUCAUUGAACAGUUUUGUUUUAUUCAGUAUGAUUUUCUAUUCAGGUAAGAAUUUCAAAGUGAUAUGAAUGGGAAGUUUUUUUUAUGUAUGUAAUUUUGAGAUUGUUAAACUUUCUUAGAUAACAAAUGUUCAUUUAAGUGCUGAAAUUUUAUUUAAAGUAAUUAUGCAGGCGAAAUUUUGGUAACAAUCUGUGAAGUGA